AUGGCGACUCCCAUGGAGCUCAGUUGUUGGGGAGGCGAUUGGGGUUUGCCUUCUGUACAUACAGAUUCCCUCAUUGUACUGGCUUACGCUAAAUUUUCAGGGGCUACACUGACAAUUCAUCCAAUUGAUUGGACGUGGAAGACCCUGACAGGGACAGUACCAGCUCUGCACUCUGAAGGAGCCACGGUGACAGAACCAGUGCAAAUUCUCAACUUCUUAAGAAAACGGAGGUACAAUGCUGACUAUGAACUUUCAGCCAAACAGGGAGCAGACACUAUGGCAUACAUUGCAUUGCUUCAGGAGAAGCUGAAACCAGCACUGCUGCACACGUUCUGGGUGGACGCGGAGAACUACGCCAACCUGACCAGGCCGUGGUUCGCCUCCCGCUCCCCGUUCCCGCUCAACUUCUUCCUCCCGAGCCGGAUGUCCAGCGUGGCCCUGUCCCGCAUCCUGCUGACCAAAGGGGAGUCCCCACUGCACAGCGUCACUGAGGUGGAGGCAAAGAUCUACAGUGAGGCUAAAGAGUGCCUGAAUCUGCUGUCCCACAGACUAGGAUCAUCCCAGUAUUUCUUUGGAAAGAUGCCAGCAAGCCUCGAUGCCUUUGUGUUUGGCUACAUCGCCCCUCUCCGGAAAGCUAGCCUCCCCAGCGGUCAACUACAACAGCACCUGAGUCAGCUCACCAACCUGUGCCAAUUCUGCGAUGCCGUCCUCAAGACCUACUUUGUAGACAGUGCCCCUGGUUCACCUCCAGCCAGCCAGGACACAGUAGAUGCAAAUCUCCAGAAACUGACACAGCUUGUUAAUAAAGAGUCCAACCUUAUCGAGAAGAUGGAUGACAAUUUGCGCAGCAGUCCCCAGCACAGACCCCGCAGGCCGGACCACAAACCCCCCUCCCUGUCCAACGAGAGGAACUCCUCGCCAGCAUGACCCCACAAUGCUCCAUGUGUGGGUCCUUCAGGAAGUACAUUACUCUCAGUCUGUGCUGCACCCUAAACCGCCCCCAUAGCCUCCCGCUCCCCUCUUUCACGCUGGUCCCUGAUGCCUAGCGAUUACGGAAUUGGGCUUGUAGCCAGAGGGUUGCAGGUUCACUUCCUAGAUGGUGCACUGUCACUGUAGCCUUGGAGCAGGCCACUUGACUUUUUGUAAAUAUCCAGCUCUGUUAUUGGGCAAUGAGUAAUUUGUCAAAUGUAAGGCAUGUGAGCCAUGCAAAAUAAGACAUACAGAUCAAGGAUCAGUGUUCAGAAAGGGAGCACUCUGCGUUAUAUGCUGAGUACUGAUCAGAGAUCAGGGGGAAUGUAAGGAGGGAGGGAGCAGUUUGGAGUGCAACCCUGGACACUUUAAAGGGCAUAUUUGUAGAUUACAGCUUUCGUACGUCCAUUUCACCUAAAACCUCAUAUAUGGCCCUUUAGAAAACCUUAGACUUUCCUUCUGCAGCUGUGAGACAGCUACCAUGUCACAGUAUGGUCUUUUAUUACAUUCUCUGUGUGAAUCCUACCCCAAGGACCACAAACUCUUGAGAUUUUGUAGGUUUUGUGAAAAACUCAAAAUGAUCACAUUAUUGUGACCUCUGCAUGAUCCAAGCAAAGGGACUGUUUCAAAAAGAGGGAUGUAUUUUCUUUGGGUUUUAAUCUUAAAGAGGUGCUGAAGAUGUCCUUAAAACUGCAUUGUACUGAAGGGUACAGGGCUAUGGCUGUAGGAAGAAUGCAAAGGAUUGUGUCAAAAUGGGAAAAGGUCAUGACGUUGAAAGGUAAAUUGCAAGGCGAUCUACAGAAUCACAAGAGGCAGAACCAAAAACCAAUUUCAUCAGUUCAUAUUUCAAAAUGAGAUUGUAAAUAGAUAUUAAAAUAAGGAUUUAAGAUUCACCAUUAGCAUAUUUUUUGUCAAAUGCUGGUCAUUAGAUGUUACAUCAAUGAAAUACAUCAAUGCUGGUAGAUAAUUGGGCAAUAUAAUUUUGGGUUUUUUACUCACAUCCAAAUUAAUAUUACAAGCGGUGGUUGAAAUCAUUGUGUAACCUCAGGGUUCAGCUGUGAUUAGGGGUCAGAAUCUUUCAUUGGAAAUGGCAUGGGUAAUUGGAUGAUGUGUGGCUCUAAGAACACUAAACCAUCUUUUGAAAGAGAAAAAUAUUUUCCAUGUGUGAAUAUCGACUGCAGACAAAAACCCAAAGUACCCAGGUAUGUUGUGUCAAGGCAUAUAGGCCAGUAAGAAUGACUAUGAGUUCAAAUCAACUGAGACAAGCAAACAGGAGCUGCAGUACUUUCAGGCAUAUGCAACUGUAUGUUGUCAUGGAGUGUUUGUUAAUUUUUGAACUGAAAGGUUGGGACAGCAGUAUUCUAUAUCGCAUUGUGAUUGUUCUCAGUGGUGACUUUUUCCAGUCCAUACAUGAAUGGAAGGAAAUUUGUUUUUGCUAUUUACAGUUCUCAAAAUGUCAGUUGAGCUGCAAAGCGCAUAUGAAGCUUGAUCAGUUUCUUGAAUACUAUUAACAGACCUGUCCGUGAUAAGUAUUCAUGAGCGUAAUGGUUUCAAUAAUUUGUUCUUAAGCUUCACUCUUAAGAUGAGUUAAGGGAUUAUAGGUUUCGAGGCUAGGGUAUGCUUGAGCUGUGGAAGAAAGUUUAAGUAUGUUUAUCAAGAGAAAUAUUACCUGCUGUGGAAAGUGUUUCGCACGUUGGUAUUAUUUUUGAUAGGACUAAGAGGAAAAAACGAAACAGAAAAUCCUGUCUCUGAGAAAUAUGUGUAAACACUAUUUUUCUGCUUGGAUAGACACACCUCAUAAUCUGAAAUUCUUAGCAGUUAUCCAGUAUAUUUAUAUAUUGUAUCCACUUAUGAAUAAAUUACAAAAGUGGAAUUCAUGAGAUUGCUUUUACAGGGAAUUUUCAGUUAUUUUUUGUACAUAAUAUACUGUAUAUGCCAGCACAAGUGAAAAUAAUGAUAUGUAUUGUUUAGUAUCUGCAUGGCUUAAAACAAUAAUCAUUUGAAAUAAUCAUUAAUGUAAUACAACAUAUUCUGCAUAUUAUCCAUGUAUGCUUCUGUGUGUGGUUAACUUUGUUUAUUCAUUAAUUUUGAAUGGCCUUUACUUUGGUUGUGUCAGUAACUUCACGGUAGAGAGGGUGGACGUUUUCUUCUGCAUUAGUGUAUCUGAGACAAGAAGGCUGUGGGAAUAUCACGGUGGAAAGGGACAAUGAAUGUUGUGGUCUUUUUUCUGAAGUUUGAAACAACACAGUUUUGAACAGGUUAUAUGUCCCUGUGAUAAGCAGGACAAGUCAUAAUUCUGUAUGACUUGAAAAUUCCUUCCAUGUAGUGAAUUCAGUGAUCAUGUUGGUCAAGAUAACGUUUUUGUCUUUUAAAUGCUUGAUCGAGGUUCAUGGCAUGGCUAUUGUAGUGUAGUGUCAGAGUGUUAACAGUAUACUGACUGGACGUGCCUGUGUUUUGCAAUAUUGCAUUCGCUGAAGUUUGAAGAAGGGAAGCUAAGUUGUGUGUGUGUGUGCUGUUUUUUUUUUUUUA